AACCACCUGUCCUCGAAGGUGGAGGCGCUCUGCGCUCCUCUUGAGAGAGUGGUGUUUCCGUUUUUUUUUUUUUUUUUUUUUUUUUUUUUUCUCUCGAAUAAGUGUAAGUCUCUCUGGAUCGAUAAUAAUAAAAUUCGAGGAGAGAGAGAGAUCUUCGAGGGGUCUCGAAGGGGGGAUCCUCGUACGAUGGAGCGGUUGAAGAGGAAACGGAAGAGGGUCGACGGUCAGAAGAAAGUAUUGCUCUCCAUCGUCGAUCCCUGGGACGUGAGCGUGGCCAGUGUCGAUCCAGUCGGCCUGGCAGAACGACGAGGCGUCUCCCUGUCGAUCUUGGUGCCGCAAGAGGAGGGAAACACUGGCCAGGAACCAUCAACGCCCGGUAGAACGGUCAAGAUACCCUCGCCUUGGUACAAACCUGCCUACAACAACGCCGCCGACCGUUUUCCAACAACAAGUGGUCAAAUCUUCGAAACGGGCCCCUCUUCCUCCACCUGGGUGGAUCCUUGGCACUCUUCCAGCAGAUCGGGCGGAGGAGGGCAGCACGGUGCGCCGGAAGCGGCGCAAAAGCCGAUAAGAAAGAAAGGGCCGAACGAAAGGCGGAGGAGAAACGGUGGGCUGCGUAGAAUCGCGGACGGCGAUGGAUUAAUAGGCGCGCUGCCGGAAAUCACGUGCGAUGAUUUCGACGGUGGAACGGUUGCGAGAGUCCGUUUCGAGGAGGAUCGUCCUAGGAGCUCCACUUGGGGAUCGCAAUUGAACGAGAUAAAUCGUGCAAAGCGUAAAUUGAAUGAUAAUAAGUCCUUGUCGAGCACGAUUCACUUGCUGAGCGUGAGUCAUCUCGGCAGUUAUAAUCCGACGGACGAGAAGGAAAAACUGUUGCAAACGAAUUGCAAUUCCCUGGUGGAUGGAAAUGUAGAGGAAAAACGUCGCGCUUCGAUCAAAGAGAACGAAACGUUGGGCCACGGUUAUUUCGAGGACGAGGAACUUGUGAACGUUGUGCAAGAUUUAGUGAUUUCGAGGUAUAGUCCUGUUUUGAGCGGGGCGCGAAGAUCGAUCAACAGAAGAACGCCAUGUCAACGCUCUUACGACGAAUCUCGGAAGGAAACGGCCGCAGCGGAUGCCUCGAAUGCGGUGGAACGUAACGAGGAUAUAUUUGUCACACGGGGUGUCACAUCCGCGGACAAGAUUACGAAAAUUACAGAGGAGAAAAAAAGUGUGGGAGGGAGGGCGCCCGAAAGAUCCGCGACACUGUACUCCACGCGUAUACGUAAACCCAGCAUCUCGAUGCCUACCAAUCUAGACGAGAUGGAGGAUCUUCGAAUCGAUAGGCAGAAGGGAACCGCCUCAAAGUUUACGAGAUCGGAGAGCGACGACAGCAGCAGCGUGACGUUCAGCAACAGCGGUUCUACGCCCAAUGGAAGUCCUCUCGGUUCUGAGACCGAGGAAGAAGCGAACGACGAAGAGUUGGCCAAAGUACCGUUGCAAGCUCCCCCUCGAAAGAAGAGCAGACAGAUGUCGUCGAUGAUGAGCCAAAAAUUGGGCAACGACCCGAUGGAGUUGUCCGGCGGGCAGAGCGCUACCUCGACCAUAACGAGCGUCAACAGCAUCAGCAGUUUGCUCAAGGAGAAACUCCAGUUGUCCAUUCCUCAAGCUCUGCGCAGCAGCAAGAAGAGGCAGAACGCGGAUUAUCGUCUACGCGCUUUCGUCGGGAUAUUGUUCCUCUGCGUCGUUUUCCUCGUUGGAUUCGCGCACAUUUAUUACACCCAACACGUCCUCCAACGGGCUUAUUUCGACAAAUUUAGGUUCAACAAGAAUCAACGUGUGAUGCACGUGUACAGCGGGACGGGAGUGGAGGUGAUAUCCGCUCGACUGGGGGAGGGGAUAUCCGCGGACACAGGGGUGUUCCCUUGCCUGUCCCAUUACCAGAGGGAGGACUCGGUAUGCCUGGAGUGGCUUCAACAGGCCCGUUUGUACCUGUCCCACACCAAACACCCGGACAUGCACUGCUACCACGUGACCUGGCAGAGCCUGAGCUCGCAUUACAACCCGAGAGAUUGCUUCGAUUGGUCGGCGAAGAGGGGCCAUUGGUACGGUGGUGGGCAGGUCCAGAACAUGCCCUACCCCCUGGAGCGUGGCCGCCUCGAGCUGAGCCCGUUCAUCACGGGCGACAUAGGCAAACACCCGUUCGGCAACGUGCUGAAGAGAUACUUCUUGAACUCGAAGGGGGCGACGAUACUCAUCGACCCGGAGACGCCGCUCUACGUUUCCAUCAGGGCGAACAGGACCAAUCACUUUUGCCUCGAGGCCAAACACGACGCGUUCGCCUACAUCAAUUACCUAACCCCUUAUCCCCAAUUGAACUACACCAUAUGCGCCGGGGACAACAUGAAGAAUUUGCACUCGUCGAUGGCCGAGAAGUCGUUGUGGGACGGCCUCAAGCCGGACGAGCUGUCCGCCGUCCACUCUCUCCUCACCGAGCCUGUAUGGCAGAUAUCCCCCACCAGCGAGCCGGCCGUUUACAACUACACCGAGGACGUGAUCGCUCUGCCGUUCCUGCGCCAAGGCCACGUGUUGCUCAGCGAGGAGUGGCAACCGAGCGCCGGCGACUUCGCCCUUGACGAGGAACGCUUCCCCUCCAUGGAGGAGACUAUCAAUAUCAUUCACCGUAGAGGGUUCAGGAUCGUGUUCACCGUGCAACCGUUCAUAUCCACCGAGUCGAUCAACUUCAAGGACGCCGUGUCCAACAGACUGUUGAUAUCCGAGAGAGGCAGCGACCCGAGAAUACCCGCCCUCACCAGGUACAAGCAGAGUAACAGCAUAGGCGUGCUCGACAUCACGAACAACAAAACUCUUCCCUGGCUGCAAUCCAAGCUGGAAAGUUUGAUCACCAAGUACCACGUGGACUCGUUCUACCUCGACCUGGGCACCGCCCAGGACAUGCCCCACUACUACAAAUGCGGCCAGCCGUUGAUCAACCCGGAUCAUUACAAAACCAUGUUCACGAGGUCGAUAUUGGGAUCGGUUCCCGUGAUCGGCGUCUCGGGGGCGAUCUCCAGGCCUCGAGCCCCCGUCUUCGUCUCCCUUCCCCCGUUCUCCUCCUCGUGGAAGGCGAUCAAGACCGUGAUACCGACGAUUCUCACCUACGGUAUACUCGGUUACCCGUUCAUCAUGCCGGGCGCGGUCGGCGGGGACGUGGCCCUCCCCAUGUCCGACAACAACCCGGACAACGACUUCGAGGUGAGCCUGCCCGACAAGGAGCUGUACGUCAGAUGGCUGCAACUGUCCACCUUCCUCCCCGUCAUACGUUUCACCCAUCUGCCGAGCAAAUACUCGGACGAUUCCGUGCUCGAGAUAGCGAAGAGGUUGACGAGCCUCAGACAGAAAACGGUCACUCCUCUUCUCAAGAAAUACGCGAACGAGACCCUGGACACCGGCCUGCCCAUCAUACGACCUUUGUGGAUGCUAGACCCGACCGAUCCCGCUUGCCUGGUUGUCUACGACGAGUUUUCCGUGGGGGAGGAGCUGAUCGUCGCCCCCAUCCUUCACUCCGGGAGCAGGCAGAGGGAGAUCUACUUGCCUGCCGGCGUUUGGAGGGACGGGAUCGACGGUAGCCUGAGGAAGGGCUCCAGAUGGAUCCACAAUUACAGGGUUGCCGAGGACAAGGUCGCGUAUUUCGUCAAGAUACCUGACAACACGAGAUUUUAAUUUUUUUUUUUUUUUUUUGUACAUAGAAAAUUUUCCGAGAAACAAUAUCACAGAGAUGGGCGACGAAGAUAUAUGUAUAUAUAUAUAUAUAUAUAUAUAUAUAUAUAUAUAAAUAUAUAUAUUGAGAAAUAUAUUAUAUUUAUUUUACUUUAUAUCGCGUAUGUUUUAUUACUAAUAAAAUGUCACGAUGUUCCAAGCGAUGAUCGAGUAAAAUUCGAUAAAAAAGAGAAUACAUAGAAGAACGUAACAAGCUAACAAGUGUUAAAAAGAUGUCGAAUACUAGCGUAGAUUCGAGCAUGAUAUUUGUUAUCCUUUACCAAAGAUCUUUGCUUAGGAGAGAAGAAAAAAAAAAAAAAAAAAAAAAAAAAA